GAAAUACCUUCAGAAGCAAACUGCUUAAUGGAUGGAAUUGUACGCAGUUUUCUGUUCCCCAUGAAAUCAAGGUAUGGGAUAAGUUAGUCUCAGUAUCCUUCAGUCAUGAGGAACACACUUCAUUAUGGAAAACCAUCUUCAUGAAGGAUUUUGAAGGAAAAUUUAAAAAAGAACCUCCAGAGGAUCAAAUUGGAAUAUACUCCAACAAGAUGGAAGAACUGAGCAAGACAAGUCCAUUGUUAUGCAACACAAUGGAGAAAUGUGCAUUGGAGGCGAUCGCAGCUAUUUGUCAGGAUAAAUCUGGCAGAGCCGCUUCAGCUUUAUUUCAGAAACAUGAUAUCACAAAGUUUGGGAAGCUGAUGUCUGUUGUUGUGCUGAAGACAUGGCCCACAGAUGUGAAGGGAGAUUACAUUGAAGGGGAGGACUUGAUAUUUGAGUACCUUGUAAAGUGGCCCAUGGCCAAAACUCUUUUCCAAAUGACAGGUGCAAGAGGAAGACUGAUUGAGAAAUUAUCAGCUGAAGCGCAAGUCAGGAUGACUUUAGCCAGUUCGGCAUUCAAAUCUGUGUCAGAGAAGUUCUUCAGUGGAGAGAUCCAGAUGAAAACUUUAAACCAAAUCCUCCAGAAAGAAUGUGAAUUUGUUGACUUGCUGAAGAUCGAUGGCCUCUGUGAUGAUGGUCGUUGUAAAGAUAGCAAAAACAUGAGAACAUUUUUGAGACAAAGAAAAGAGGAAGCAGAAGCUGUCCAUAUCGAGAGGGAACUGGUCAUAGGUCUUCUACAAAUCUGCCAGGAACUUCCAGAACAUGUCAAAGUUGACUUCAAGGGGUUGGACAAAAAACUUCAUCAGAACAUUGAGAUGAUGAAAUUGAAUGAAUUUAUGAAGGUUUGCACUCUUGAAGGACAGACCUCGCCUACAAUUGGGCAGGUCACUUAUUUCAACCUUUGUGAUAUCACGCGUCAAAUGGCUACAGAAUUGCUUGCCAUAAAGGACAGUGCAAUCUUCAAAAUGUGCUGGAAGAACCAAGUGGAAGAGCUGUCAAGAGACCAGCCUGAUACAGAUGACACUGAACAUCUUGAUGGAAAUGAAGAAAUCUACACUCUCGACCUGGUUUACAGCAAAGUAUUCCAGAGCUGCUACAGCAGGUACAAAGAACUUUAUGAUGGUCUGAAGAGUGGGGAACUGUUACUGGAAGAAAUAGACAACAUCUUUGAGGACUAUAAAGGAAAGUACGAAGACUUGCAGAAAGAUUUAGACAUCAUGUGCAGAACAAAUCCAUCGGAUAACAGAAGAUGGAUCGGAGAAAGGAUAAAGCAGAUUCAACUGUACCAUGAUCUUCAUCUUGCAAUGGAUUCUGCAAAAAUCAUCAUGGAUAUCAGGAACACAAUAUGCCCGGAAGGAGACUUUAAAGUACUGGAAACAUUGCUGCAAAUGAGUCAAGCCGACUUCAAGAAAAACAGCCUGAAUUGCUUAGAUGCUACAAUCAUAAUGGCCAAAAAGAUGCUAAUGGACAUUACUAAUGAGCGCAGUGAAUGUCUUCAGAAACUCAGUCGGAGCCAGGAGUUUGUCCUGUGGGUUAAAGAAGCACUUGAAGAUAUCAAUGAGCUGAAAGUUUUUGUUGACCUGGCAUCAAUCUCUGCUGGAGAAAAUGACCUGGAUGUGGAUCGAGUGGCCUGUUUUCAUGACGCUGUUCUUGGUUACUCGUCCAUUUUGUAUGGACUAAAGAAGAACUCUGAUUUUGAGGCCUUCAAAGAGUCAUUGUCAAAAUUGUGGAAGGCACUUGAAAAUGACAGAAAUAUCCCAACAAAGCUGCGGGAUACAGCGCGCCAUCUGGAUUGGUUGAAGACAGUUAAGGAAAGCCAUGGAUCGGUUGAAUUUUCAUCCCUGUCCCUUGCUACAUCCAUCAAUGAGAAAGGGAUAUACACCAUCAAGGCGCAAAACCAGAAAAAGCUCUCUUUAGAGACUUCUUUGAUGCUGCAAAUUCCAGAGGGACUUGAGAAAAACGUGACAUGCACAUAUGAGGACCUGAAGGAGUUACAAAAUAAGCUUAUGCUCAUGUCAGGACGAGGGGAACAAAAUCAGAGUGAAGUGGAACACUUUGCUGAGGUGUUUGACAAUGUACAAAGGCUCGCCAAAGCAUUUGUAGACCUUCAUGCUGCAGGGAACCCACUCUUCAGGUGUUGGGACGCUAAGAUUUUGUGCAAAAGUCAGAGUGACCCAUGUAUAAUUAUGGAAAUCAACUUUUGCAAGACCCUGCACCGCAUUGAAGUAUGUGGAGGUCUAGUUGAACAACUUACAGCACUAUCCAAGAAGAUGGAGUUGUUUCUUGAUGACUGGCAAAACUUCAUGGACAAACAGAGAUCUGAUCACUACUACUUAAACUACUUCACAGCAGAACAAAUAUUCUACCUGUGCAGUGUCGUGACUCUGACAAACGUAAAUGUAGAAAUAGAGGAAAAAGCUUUGAUGAUGCUCUCUUUCAUCAGACCAAGCUGCACAACAUCAGAUGUGUGGAGCACCUGGGGAAGGUUUCACAACCAAUUUGAGCCUGGCAAAAGGGUUAAUGAAGAUACUCACUUUCAAAGUCACUUUCUUCACCAGGAAGACAACGAUAUGUCUUCAGUCAAUGUGAGUCAUUUUACAGCCAAUAAUCCAUCAGACAAGGCAGACCAGACCGUUGGUUUGAAAGAACUGGAACAGUUGUGGAAUGGCUACAUGAAGAAUGAGGGAAUCUUUUUCCAUGACCUUUUGGACAUAAGGAGUUUAGGGGGUCUUUUAAAGAUGAUGACUCUCACAGAAAACCAAAGCAAAGAUGAAUGGGAAGAACCAGUGCUCUCUGAGACAAAAGACAAUUCAUUCAGACGACGACUCCCAAAAGGCCUCUACUCAAACCAACCGAAUCUCAUAAUCUGCCCACAUGAUGAGGUCCUGACUUCAAGUAUCUGCUUGUACAUGACCAGUGACUAUGAGCCACUGCCAAGUUAUGAUGAGGUUCUCUUGUGUACCCCUGCCACAUCUUAUGAGCAAGUAGAGCUUUUCCUGAGGAGAGUUCUCACACCAGGUGACAUUGGCCAGAAGAUUUACACAAUGCUUUGGGCAGACCAAUUAACCUAUGACGUAAGCUGUGCAAUGGAGAAGUGUUUUCAGAAACUGAGCUCCCUAUUUAAACAAGAUUGCAGGCUUGUGAUCUUUUGCAGCGCUGACAGAGAGCACACUUACAUUCCUACGGCUUUCAGCCAGUUCAAAAGAGACUUUGUGCCACAAGAGUCAUUGGAAAGGAUCCAGAAGUACUUGUCCAUGCAUUACACUGUCCCCAGCGAUUCCAAGAAGGCUGUGUUCAAAGGUGGCCAUUCUGUUGGCAUUGUCGCUUCCCGACGUGCAGGAGUAGGCAAGUCAUUGUAUGUCCAAAGAUUGUAUGAAAAGCUGGAUGGAAGUGAUGAACAAGGAACUGCAUUUAAGAAGUGCAUCCCACUAACUGAACAUGAGGUUGAUGACCACAAGAUUCUCCUGUCUUUGUAUGACACACCAAAACAAAAAGAUCUCAUGGUGUUUCACUUUGACGUCACAUCAUCAGUGCAAAAAGGCUUGAAUGAAUUCCUUUUCAAGCUUUUAUUUUUGCGUUACUUGAUGGAUUCAGAUGGGCUGAUGUGGCGCUGCAGCCAGAAACACUUGUACAUCAUCGAGUUACUCGAAUCAACAAAUCAUCAUCAAAGAAAUGACCCCGCAUCUGGACGAAAGGAGAACUUUGCAUUUUCAGACGUUUUCCCGAAGGUGUUUUGUCGUCCACCAAAGGAGGUUCUGGCUUUGGAAAUGAGGAGAGAAAAAAAUACUGACCCGGAGGGUGAUGACCCCCUCAUGGAUGACGAAAGUUUCAGGAGUGAAGCUUAUCAAAGACCAUACCAGUACCUUACACGUUUUUACAACAAUAACAAUCUUGACCAGUUCACUUACCAGGGCAUAGAAGGGACUCAUGCAGAGUGUCUUCAGAUACUCUUGAUCUACUGUGGCAUAAUAGAUCCAUCAUGGGCAGAGCUACGUAACUUUGUCUGGUUCCUAAAUCUUCAGUUACAAGACUGUGAGAAUACAGUAUUCUGCAAUUUUGAGUUUGUUGGAGACACUCUUCGUGGGUUCAAAAACUUUGUGGUUGAGUUCAUGAUCUUGAUGUCCAAAGACUUUGCAACCCCAUCACUAUGCAUCACCGACCAGAGCCCAGGGAGGCAACAUAUUGACGUCAGUGGGGUUAACGAAAGAGACUUAGCUCCAUUCCUCAUUAGAAAAAGGUGGGAAUCCGAGCCACAUCCAUACAUCUUUUUUAAUGAUGACCACACCUCCAUGACAUUUAUUGGGUUUCACCUGGAGCUCAAUAAUCAGAGAGGGGUUGAUGCCAUAAAUCCCCUGACACGAGAAGUGAUAAAGAAAAACAUCAUGACACAAGAGCUGUACAACGGCUUAAGACUUCAGAGAGUCCCUUUUAAUAGAGACUUCGAUCAGCUUCCUCGAGCUGACAAGAUUGAACAUCUGUGCAGUGUGCUUGGCAUCAAGUGGCCAACAGAUCCUGAUGAAACAUAUGAACUGACCACCGAUAAUAUUCUCAAAAUGAUGGCCAUUCAUAUGCGAUUUAGGUGUGGCAUCCCGGUCAUCAUAAUGGGUGAAACAGGAUGUGGUAAGACAAGGCUCAUAAAGUUUAUGUGUGAACUGAGAAGGUGUGGAGCAGCAGCCGAAAACAUGAAACUGGUCAAAGUUCAUGGAGGAACUACAUCAGAAAUGAUAUAUGAGAAAGUGAAGCAAGCAGAAAUUCUUUCAAGGACCAAUAAAGAGAAUCACGGAUUUGACUCAGUUCUUUUCUUUGAUGAGGCAAACACCACAGAAGCCAUCAGCAGCAUUAAGGAGAUCAUUUGUGAUAACUCUAUACAGGGACAACAACUUGGCUCGCAAACAGGACUACAGAUUGUUGCUGCAUGCAACCCCUACAGGAAGCAUACAGACAAGAUGAUUGAAAGGCUAGAGGCAUCUGGACUGGGAUACCGGGUCAGGGCUGAGGAGACUGAAGACAAACUUGGCUCCAUCCCUCUCCGUCAGCUUGUGUAUCGUGUUCAUCUGCUACCCCCCAGCAUGAUCCCUCUUGUUUGGGACUUUGGGCAACUCAAUGACUCAACAGAGCACAUGUAUAUUGAACAAAUAGUACAAAGACAGGCAAAGGCCAACUCAAUUGAGAAGCAUCAUAUUCCAACUAUAACUAAGGUGUUGACGUCUUCACAAAAGUUCAUGAGGGAGAGGAAAGAUGAAUGCAGCUUUGUCAGUUUAAGGGAUGUUGAACGUUGCAUGCACGUGUUUGCGUGGUUCCACAAAAAUCACCCCAUGUUUGCUGAGGAACUGAGAUCAUUCUUUCAAGAGGAAUGUCGGAGGAAAAAAAAGAUGUCGCCAUUUUCACCUGCUUGUGACAGAGUGAUCUGGGCACUCUUGAUGGCCACUGGAGUGUGCUAUCAGUCCUGCUUGGAGGACAAAAGGCUGUAUCGGAAAAUGAUCAAAGAGUUGCUUUCUUGUAACACUAGAGAAAUCCAACUCAUGCAAGACCUCCUUCUCAAUGGCGUACCCAUGGGUGAGACAAUAGCCAGAAAUGAAGCUCUGAAAGAAAACUUCUUCAUGAUGGUGAUCUGUGUUGAGCUAAGAAUUCCCUUGUUUAUUGUUGGGAAACCAGGGAGCUCCAAAUCACUGUCCAAAACCCUAAUUGCCGAUGCGAUGCAGGGCCCUGCAUCGCAUUCUGAACUCUACAAGAGGCUGAAACAGAUACAUCUGGUGUCCUUCCAGUGCAGCCCUCAUUCAACUCCUGAAGGAAUCAUCAGCACAUUCAAACAGUGUGCUCGCUUUCAGGAAAGCAAAAACUUGGAUGAAUACAUCUCAGUAGUUGUUCUUGACGAGAUUGGAUUGGCUGAAGAUUCCCCUAAAAUGCCACUCAAAACUCUGCACCCAUUGCUGGAAGAGGGCUGUGUUGACGAUGAGCCACAACCUCAUAAAAGGGUUGGGUUCAUUGGAAUUUCCAACUGGGCACUGGACCCUGCCAAAAUGAAUCGAGGAAUAUUUGUGUCACGUGGAGAUCCAAACAAGCAAGAGCUCAUCAAAAGUGCUAAAGGGAUAUGCUCAUCUGAUGAAAAGGUUCUUGAAAAGAUCAAACACCUCUUUGAUCCUUUUGCAAAAGCAUAUAUGACAGUAUGCGAAGAAGGCAGAGGUUUUUUUGGUCUGCGGGAUUUCUACAGUCUGAUAAAGAUGAUAUUUUCAAUCACUAAAAUCAGCAAUGAGAGUCCCACCGCAGAUGAAAUCACUGAAGCAGUCCUGAGAAACUUCAGCGGAAAAGAUGAUGUGGAUGUGAUGAGCAUAUUCAACAAAGAACUCACAGAUAACUUUGUCAAUGCCAGCAUCACCACCUUUAAGUUGGUCGAGCAAAGCAUCUCUCCAGCUCGCCAAGAGGAAGAAAGUCGUUACCUUUUAAUCCUCACCAAAAACUAUGCAGCUCUUCAGAUUCUGCAACAGAUAUUCUUCUGUCACCGAAUCCAUCCAGAGAUCAUCUUUGGGUCCAGUUUCCCAAAGGACCAGGAAUACACGCAGAUUUGUAGGAACAUCAAUCGUGUCAAGGUUUGCAUGGAGACUGGACAGACAGUUGUGCUUCUGAACCUUCAGAACCUGUAUGAAAGUCUGUAUGAUGCUCUCAACCAAUACUAUGUGACCCUAGGGGGUCAAAAGUAUGUUGAUCUUGGAUUAGGAACACAUCGUGUGAAAUGCAGAGUCCACAAAAACUUCAGGCUCAUUGUCAUUGAAGAGAAAGAGGUGGUCUACAAGCAGUUUCCAAUCCCACUGAUCAACAGAUUGGAAAAACACUACCUUGACAUCAACACUGUUCUCAUAGAUGAGAAGAAGGACAUUGCGAGACAACUAGAGAAAUGGGUUGAUAUUUUUGUCUCCUUAAGUGGUCAACACUCCAUGAAAAAGCAACAUGUUCCAAGUGAUGUCUUCAUCGGCUACCACUCAGACACAUGCUCCUCUGUGGUCCUGCAAGUAACAGAAAAUCAAAGUGAUGAAACAGAUUCUCAGACCAUCCUGAACAAAGCUAAAGACAUCAUGCUCAACUGUGCCACUCCAGACUCAGUUGUUCGUUUGGACAAAUCCAGACUGCCUGAUGAUGAAAGAGAACAUUUAAUGAAACAAUAUGUUCAAGAAGAGAUGCACAGUUCAUUGGGAGACUACAUUGUCCAUCACACACAGCAGUUGGAACAGUCCCAGUUCUUCUUCACUGAGGUCACAACAUUUUCCAGGCUGCUGACUGCAGCAGACACUCAACAACUGCAGGAUGUGAUAAAGCUUGAUGGUAUCAAACUGCUAUCACUGCAACAGUUUGACACAGAGUACUCCUUUCUCAAGAAAAUCCGGGAAUUUCUUGGCUCAACACCUGCAGACAAAGUGCUCAUUAUCCAAACAGACUAUGAUGAAGACUCCAGAAGGAGGAAUAUUCUUUCCUCAGCCAAGUAUUCAUGCAUCAAUGAAAUAAACAAGUGGGCCACUACUGGAAACACAAAGACAUUUGUGUACUUUGUCACCAAGCUUCCUCGAAUCGAGGGUGGGACCUCCUAUGUUGGGUUUCAAGGCGGUCCUUGGAGGUCUGUUCACAUUGAUGAUCUCAGAAGAUCAAAAGAGUUUGUGUCUGAUGUUCAUUCCCUGAAAAAUCUGCGCAUAAGUGAACUUUUUGAAGAUCCACCUGAGGCCAUGGAGACAGAAGAUGACACCGAUGUUCCACAGGAAAAGGACGCCAAUGUUUUGGGAGAUUUGUUUGAUAUAUCAGAACUGAUGAGGAGCUGUGUGCAGAGUGCAGUGAGCAUGCUCAGAGAUGCAGCAGACAGUGGAGAACUCAGCACUAAGAGAGUGGAGAGCCUGCUCACACUUUUGGAUGAAAGUCAGACACAAGGUGUGUUUGCAAACAUUUUGAGGAAGCGUCUCCACUCGCUGUUAGAGGACUAUGAGGCUAACAUCCCCAAUCCAAAAAGCUGGGUUCUAACAGAGGCAUCUAAUGUCAAUGCUCUUCAAGAGGGGGGGACAUUCCUACACACAUUGUGGAGGAAAAUCCAAGCAGUUGUCACUCCACUUCUAGCUAACUUGGUCUCAGUCAUUGACCGAGAUUGCAACAUUGACCUUCUGCUGAAUGAAUGCGAUGACAUCAGGAACCUAUGGCUUGAGAUAUUUGGGAGCAAAGAGAUGCUCCAAGUACCUUAUGUGAGGGUGGAAAACGACUCCAGUGUCUUAAUGGUACAAAGCCAUAGCACAGGUGGCAACACCAUGCAUUGCCGCAUGCCCUUCAGCUGGUGGAUCAAAGACUUCCUGGAUGGGCUCAUGAUGCACACAUCCAGACAUGAAGCACAUUCACCUCGUCAUUUUCAAGAGCUGUUCUUGAACACUCCACUUGGCAGUUACAUGGCUAAAAAUGUGGAUGAAAAAAUUAGGAAAGAAUUUUUCGAAAGGUAUCUGCAGGAUUUUGUUUCCAUGACAAUGAAAGGGGCAUCAGAUGAAGAAUUGCAGCUCUUGUGUCACUCCCUGGCCAGCUGUGUUGAUGAAUUACAAAGACGAAAAAGAGAUGAAGAGGAGCUUUCUCUUCCUCACAUCCACAUCGCCUACCAUUUCUACCAAAGUCGUCUUCAGAACCUCUCGCGGAUGAUGUCUCUUCAGCCUGAUGUUGUUUCUCUUUUGGGGAGAAACAAGCACAUUAGACAUUGUCCAGAGAUGGUUUUGGAUGUCCAUGCAGCCAAGGCAUGUGUUGAAUGCCUGGAGUCUGCUAACUUGGAUACUGAUGCUCUAUGCCAGACCUGGCUAAAGCAGGUGAAGAGGCUGCAAGCCUCUUUGGAGUUGAUUUGCUCUCAACAUAACACCAAACACUAUGGAGAGCGAUGCAAAGAAAGACUCAGUGAUGUCAGUAAUGGCUGGAAGCGCAUCUACAUCCUCUCACUGUUUGUGGAACACAUGCUUUUGGGUUUCAAUAAUGACGAGAAUCAGCUCAGAGCACUGGUCCUGAACCACAUUCAAACCUUAAGCAAGGUUCUAGAGGAAAAUGCUGAUGUAAAAUCAAUGAAGGCUUUUCAAGCCAUGAUUAUCGUACUAAAGUCCUGUAAGCAGGGGGCAAGUGAUCAGAUUUUCAGGUUUGGACUUCAGUGUGCGGUGUGCAUGAGGGAGCCCCAGGACCCUGUAGGGCUCCCAUGCCAUCACAUCUACUGCCUAUCAUGCAUCAGGGCAAGCCUUGACGCAGGACAGACAUCCUGCCCGCAUUGCAGACAACAGCUCCCAAACGAUUUUCAGCCACACGUCUCUGAAGAUAUAAUGAUUUCCAUUAAGAAAAAUGCAGAAUUCAGGCGGCGUUGCAAUGGUUUCUUCAUUGAUCUGCUCUCCACUGUGUGCUUCAAGGACAACACGCCACCAGAAACACAUGUCAUCACCCACCUGUUGUCCUACCUGAUGGUUGAGACAGAACAUAAACAGAUUCACACCAAAGAUCUGUCGCCUUUUGACGAGACCCCGGAUAGGAACCCAGUCGUGCGAUCUGUGAUCCUCAAGCUGCUUCUGAAGUUCAGCUUUGAUGAAGUCCAGGAGUAUUUGCAGCAGCAUUUGUCAUCUAUCGAAGAAAGCAGAUUUGUGGAUGAGGGGGAUAAAGCAGAGCUGUAUGCCUUGUACAUAAACUGCUUGGAGGACUCCAUGUGGGAGAAAAUGCCUCAGGAAGGCGACCGAGGAGGAGUGCUAAAGCCAUUUUACAAUGAUGAAACACAAUUCCUGCGCUUCAUUUUGGCUGAAGUCCCUUCUGUUCCAGCAACAGUAUCUAUUCAACAUCUGCGGCACAUCGCACGAUUGCGUCUGUCCCUCACCAUGGCUGCCCAGCUCAUCAGUGACAACUUGUCUGACAACAAUGUCCCAGACGGAGCAGAAGAUUUCCUGAACAUGAUGAUUAAGCUCUGUGAGGACAGUGGGAAUGAUUGGUACCGUGUUUACCUGAUCCGCAAGCUCAGCGAAUGGCAGGGUGUUGAGUCCGUCCAGACGCUGGUGAAACAACCAAAUUUCAGCUGGCUUUUUCCUACAGAGAUCCAUCAGCAGAAUGAAGAUGGAGGCCAGAUGGAUCAGUAUCUUGUGUAUGGAGAAGAAUACAAGGCGGUGAGGGAUGCAGUUGCCAGGGCAGUUGUGGGCGGUAAUGUCGAGCAGAUAGAAGACGUCUGUGAGAAAUGCACCGCGCCACCAAGGAAACGAACAAUGUUCAUCCUCCUGGCGCUUUUCCGAGAAGUUACUACUCUGUACAGAUCUGCAAAUACGGGUCUUCAUCCGACUCCUGAGCGAUGCCAAGCCUUUGGAGAGCUCAUCCAGGGCUCAACGUAUCUACAUCAAAGAGAAGUAAGGAAUUUUGCCUCAGCCUUGGUUCACAACAGGUUGGGAGGCCUGGCCAUGACCCCUGACAAAGCUAUUGUGGACAACAAUAUCAUCGAGCUGGCCAUCCAUCUGGCAGUUGUGCUGCUCACUGGGACUCACCUCCUGCUGAUGCCGCUCAAGCAACUUGGUCUUUCUCCUGAAAAUAUGCAGGUGGCAUUUAUACCCACAAUGCCUGAUGACAUGUUAGCUGUUGCCCAGGCAGUCAUACAACAAGACUAUGGGCAACUCACUUGGUAUGUGUGUCCAAAUAAUCAUCCAUGCUUUGUUGAUGAGUGUGGCCUGCCCAUGCAGAGAGGCAAAUGUCUGGAGUGUGGCCAGGAGAUUGGAGGGGACAAUCAUUUAGCCGUGUCUGGAUUCAGACAAAUUCAGCUGCAGCAGGAUUGCACAAAGCCUGGCCACAUCCUAGGAGACCCUGCCCAGGGAAACAACCCAGACACCAAAAACAUGUCCCUGAGUCCCUUCACUCUGGUCAGGCUGGUUACACAUUUGGCCAUGUUGGUGGGAGGAGCCUCAGAGAAGUCACAGUUUGUCCAGCACAUCAUCCAGCCGCCUGUGGAGGAUGUAUGUUUGUUUCUCAAUCUGCACAUAAUAAAGGAUCUGGAUCAGCUGUCACAGGCACUGGGAAGUGGAGCUGACGACACUGUUACAACUGUCCACUUGGUGCUCAGAUCCCUGCAAGAGCUAGUGCAGGCCAGUCCCUCUGGGAUUGAUCCUUGCCUAACUACCAAAGCAUCCAGAAACACCUGGGAGACUACUGUGGCUGCAGAUAUUAUGACGCCUCAGUUGAGGGAUCUUGACCAACUCCUGCAGGAAGCAAAGGGCAGCAUCAGGACUGACUCCCGUGUGUCCUCCAACUUCAUAAUGAGGACGACCUUCGGUGAUGAUUGUACCUUCCUGACCUCGCUGCCGCAGGGCUCUCCGGUCCACAGCUCGGCGGUGUGGAGCUGCAGGGAGAGGUUCUCAUUGCUCAGCCUCACUCACAUUGUACAGCAGUUUGACCAAAAGGAGGAGCUGCCUCUUCUCUGGAGGUUCCUGCAGAAGGAGAAAGACUUUCAGCAGAUUAAGCUCCUUCCAGACAUCCUUAUCCUGCAGAAACGCUUGGUGAGAAAGUUCCAGAACGCAACGGACCAGAUAGUGGGCUCAAUCAGGGAGUUCAUUGAGAAGCAAACAGAAAUGAGGAUGUGGUAUGAGAAACACAUUGACAUCUUCCUGAAAACAUGGAAUCUGCUCAGAGUGUCUGUAGCCAGCAGUGAAUUGAAGAUCCCAGAUGAAUUUUGCAGUGAGGAUUUGAACUUGAACAGCGAUCUGCAGUACCUUCUGCCCCGGCGGCAGGGUCCAGGCCUGUGUUCCACAGGGCUGGUCAGCUACUUGGUGGCACUACACAAUGAGCUGGUGAACGCUGUGGAUAGCCACACAGGAGACGACAGCAGCAGUUACAAGGUGACUGUGGCAGAGCUAACGGAGCAGCAUGUCAUACGCUAUGACCUGGAGAAGGACCUGCUUCCUCUGGUUUUAUCCAACUGCCAGUACAGUUUGGAACGUGGCCAUGAGACAAUAUCACAAUAUGACCUACCCAGGAUCCAGCAGCAAAUCCUCACCCGCUUCCUACAGGGAAAACCCCUCAUCACCCGCACAGGAAUUCCUACUCUGGUCAACACACAAGAGAGAGACUAUGAAACCAUUUUCAAAGCUGUUAAAGGAAAAGUGCAUCAGGACUCUCUGUCCUCCCUGACCCGGAACGCCUUGUCCAGGGAGCUGGACGGCUACAACGAGGUGUGUGAGGCGCUCAAGAUCACGGAGCUGCUCCUGGGUUUCCUCUCAAUGACGGGUGGUGAUCCAAUGAUGUCGUUGGUCACUUACCUCCAGGACAUCCUGAGGAUGGCCAACCACAUCGAUCGUCACAUAUUGCAGGCUCUGGGCAGAUGCAACCUCAGACACUGUGUUUCUCUGUGGCAACUCCUCUCCUCCCUCAAAUCUGAAAACAUGCUGCGUCUCAAGAGGGAGCCCUUUUCUGGGUAUCCAGCUGAGUACCUGAUGCCGCUGACUGAGGAGGAAAAGAUUGAGCUGAAAGGCUUCGUGUCCAGGGGAAAAGUGGACCAAUGGCUGCUUGAGAUGCACGAGUUCCUCCUGUUGAGUCUGGGCCGCCCCAGGGCCGCCAACGACUACAAUCCAUCCUGGAGGGUAAAAGAGACGGUGUGUGCCUACAUGGACCGUAAAGAAGUGGAGGUGCCUUCUUACGUGGAAGACCAGUUUCCUGAAAAUCUGCUGCUGUCUCAGAUUGUGGAGACGUGGAAAUGUGCCGUCACGGCCAAACAGGACUGGAUGAUGGAGGGAUGAACUGGACAAUUUAAGAGAGUUUGAUCAAAUCAGGUUAAUUGCUGAUCAUGCAUUCUCAAAACCAAAGAAGUUUGAUUAUACUUUGUUCUUACUUGUUUCUGUUUUUACAGAUUUUUCUGUGAUAAUUAUGUAUUAAAGACCAAAACAAUACCUUAAGGCUGUUAAAACAAUGAACUAUACCAAAAAUGAUGGAUCUUGAUGAAACAUUGGCUUGAAUAUAGAGUUUGUUUAGCGUUAACAUGAUCCAGCUGCUCAUUUACUGCCUUUUGGAACUAUAUUAGCAAUCAUUUGAAGAAUUACUGUCUGAGUCUCAUUUGAGUCUCAGGACCUACUCAGGAAAAUGUUUUAAGACUUUGAUAAGCAUAUACUGUGCAACUGUUUUAUAUCAUCAGUUUCAGAAUUACAAAUUUUACAUUUUGGGCUAAAUUUUUUGUUUUACUAUUAUAAUUACGGUAGUGGAUCUGCAUGAUGGACUAUUAAAGAAAAAAAUGAUACUUCACAUUUUAUAUUGGAUUUUUCCUUCACAUUAAAGAAUAUAUAACUGAUGGUUUGUGUGGAAAUUGAUUGUUUGUUUGAUGAUUUAUCUGGUUUAUGUUUGCUUGCUUAUUUGCAUCAUGUUUGGGGUUAUAGACUCUAGAAAAUCACGAUCGUAGUGAGUGACGACCGGGAUGAAGCACUCUUCACUGAGUUUCCAGUUUCAGAAAAUGGGAAGCAAAUAUUUCCGAGCUCUUUAAGUCUUAAAAAUUGUAAUAAUGAAAUAACUUUUUUGUUUUCUUUUUCAAAUGAGAAAUAAAAUGUGUGUUAAUAGGUAACAGACCCGAGUGGUAUCCAAAAUCUCCUUAGAUACUGGCCGACGGCCAUAAACCUAGAUGUAUCUGAUUUCAUGUAAAACUGUGAAAAGCAGAAGAAAUCUGUACAUGUUCAUA